GUUGAUAUGGCAGACGAAGACAAGGAAAAGGCGGAGAAGCUUGCUGCGGCAAAGAAGCGCUUCGAGCAGUUGAAGAAGAAACAGACCAAGGAUAGUAAGAAGGGAGGCCGGAAGAAGACAGACAAGGACACAGAGGCGAAAGCUGAGGAACCCAGCGACGAUGCAGCACUGUUGGAGGGAGAGGGCGCAACAAACGUAGAGGACGAGGCUGAUGCGCAGGAAGAGAAGGAAGUGCAAGUUGAAGUGUCGCAGAGAGCAAAGGAACGCUCAAAGUCGUUCAAGGAGGAGGCGUCGGCUGCCCAGUCUGAGGUGCAAGACCUGUAUAAGAAACAGACGUCCAAGAUCGAAGAGCUGGAAAGGGAAAACAAGUCGCUGAAAGAGCAGCAGGACGCGAACAUUCAGAGAUUGAGCAAGGCCGAGGAGGAACUGCAGAGCUUGCGUGAGGGCAGUGGUGAAGUCGCUGAGCUACGCAGCAAGGCGAAGGAGAACCAGCGACUGACAGCCGAGCUUGCAUCUGCCCACAGACAGCUCGCACAAGUGCAGAAAGAGCAGAAGACUACGACGCGCCGGACAUCUUCAAGCGCGAGUCCAGAGGUAGCAGAACAGCUUGCAUCUAAAGACUCGACAAUUCAAUCUUUGGAGCUCGAUAUAUCCAACCUUCGCAACCAGAUAUCGACACUCGAGUCGUCGCUGUCGGAACGCGAUGCAUCCACCCAGGAGUUGUCAGAGCGCGCUGACCUCGCUGAAGCGCGGACCAAAACGGCUCAGCAGGAGCUUGAUGCCCUCCGAGUGUCUAUCUCUUUUCCGAGCGACGAGACUGCGUCAGCCCGUGAUGACCCCGAAGCUCUGACGAAGCGCAUAAGCGUUCUUGAAUCCGAUCUCCGAACUGCCAACAGCAGUGCCGAAGCGGCCGCUCAGCGAGUAAUUUCUCUCGAGCAAAAGAUUGAAGCGCUCACCAAAUUACACAAGGAGUCAUUAGUAUCCUCACAAGCUAGAGAACGGGAAGUCACAGAUCUACGAUCCCAGCUCCAGCGACAGACUCAGCGCACAUCGCACGUUCGGCCAGACAACCUCGAGGAGUUCGAGUUGUCUGAAUCAGAAAGCGAGACAGGACAGCUGCAAGCUCGUCUGCGAGCGUUGGAAGCGGAAAACUUUGAUCUGCGUCGCGGUGUCUGGAGAGACAAGCGCGUAGAACUUCAGGGAAUGCAUGAUGAAGGAUUGCUGGAAGAUGUGGACCUUCACACUCCCGAUGGCCUGAGCAGACACCGAGGCAGCCUGCCGAGACAGACGAGCACGUUCCAGGAGGUCAUUACAUCUGGCAUCAACGCCUUCACGGGCAGGGAGCGGCCGCAGCAGACGAGGGAUAGGGCGCUGAGUAUUGGGUUGAUGUCCGACGACGGCGGCUUCGACGAAGAAGCGUUCCGUCUGGCGCAAGAAGAGGAGCAGAAGAGGCGGCUGGAGAGGAUCAAGGACGUCAAGAGGGGCCUGGACCAGUGGAGGGGAUGGCGCGUGGACAUUGCAGACCUGCGCAGGAACGGCGUUGGCGAUGGGCGGCAUGUAGGAGCUGUGUUCGAACUGUAGAC